AUGUUGACAAGAACCCUAGCAGGCAGAGGCCUGAUUUGUAAGGAUCUGUCCUCCACUAUAACAAGGAGGUCAUUUAUGUCUACUGCUGUAAACUCAUCCUCUUCCCCUACUGGGAUUGUGUUCAUGAACAUGGGAGGCCCCUCUACCGUCGAGGAGACCCAAGAUUUCCUUUACCAAUUAUUCUCAGAUAACGAUUUGAUACCCAUUAGUAAGAAUUGGCAACCUACAUUUGCUAAAUACAUUGCUAAGUUCCGUACUUCAAAGAUUGAACAACAGUAUAAGGAAAUCGGGGGUGGUUCACCCAUCCGUAAGUGGUCAGAAUAUCAGGCAGCUAAGGUUUGCGAGAUAUUGGAUGAGACUUGUCCUGAGACUGCUCCUCAUAAACCAUAUGUGGCUUUUCGUUAUGCUAAACCAUUAACUCAUGAAGCUUACGAGCAACUCCUCAAAGAUGGUGUGAAAAGAGCUGUUGCUUUCACUCAGUAUCCGCAGUUUUCCUAUUCAACUACUGGUUCCUCGCUCAACGAAUUGUGGAGGAAGAUCAAGGAACUGGACCCAGAUAGAACUAUCUCAUGGUCGACUAUUGAUCGUUGGCCUACUAGCGAUGGGCUAACAAGUGCCUUUGCGGAAAACAUCAAAAAAAAACUGCAGGAAUUCCCUGAGGAUAUUAGACACAAGGUUGUUCUAUUGUUUUCUGCUCAUUCUUUGCCAAUGGACGUUAUCAACACUGGUGACGCUUACCCAGCAGAAGUCGCCUCAACAGUAAACAAAGUCAUGGAAAAGCUUAAGUUUUCAAAUCCAUACCGUUUAGUUUGGCAAUCUCAAGUCGGUCCUAAACCCUGGUUAGGAGCCCAAACAGCAGCUAUUGCCGAACACUUAGGUCCAAAGACUGAUGGACUUCUGUUCAUCCCCAUUGCUUUCACUUCCGAUCAUAUCGAGACACUUUUUGAAAUUGAUCUGGAACUUAUCGACGAAUCACCAUACAAGAGUAAGUUCAAGAGAUGUGAGUCUCUGAACGGUAACGAAACCUUUAUUAAGGGUAUGGCAGAAUUGGUAAAGGAACAUUUAAAGUCAGGGGACUUGUACUCAAAACAACUACCUCUAGAUUUCGAGUUAGGUAAAUCUAAUGACCCAAUAACUGAUGCGUCCGAGGUCUUCGGUGAGCACGCUAAAAAGUAA